AUGCAUAACGAUGCACCGCUUCACAGAGGUCUCGAGCCGUCAGACACGAUGUGGAGUCGAGAAGGCGCGGCGUGCACUGGAAGCAUUGCUUCUGCCUGCCCUACAAGUGCGGGGCAGGCCGCUUGCCAAGAGGUCACAUACUGCUCGACAGCGUCAGCAGCAGCAGCAGAUCAUAUACUGAUCAACAGCACCACCGCCCUCACCGGUAACACACAAUGUCCACGCCCAUCACGUUCUACGACAUCGGGCCUGCGCCCGCCGGCGGCAAAGAACUGCUGCUCCGCCGAACCCCUGAAGACGCGGUUCCGCCUCCAACUUCAAGGCGCUGCCCACACAACCAAGUGGGUGGCGCUGCCCGACAUUGUCAACCUGCGGACGACGCUCAAGGUGGCGCCGACACGCAAGUUCGCCGACGGCAGCGACUUCUUCACGCUGCCCAUCAUCGAGGACGCGUCGACGGGCACGACGCUCGGCGACUCGCUCGACAUAGCCGUCUACCUGCAGCAGACGUACCCUUCAGCAGGCGAGGGCGACCUCUUCCCCGAGCAGCCGCUCGACUACACCUUCGACCCGGCCGAAGGCCUGCUCGUGCCGCUGUCGGCCGUGCGCGACAGCCCGUACCCGGCGUACGCGACGUUCACGUCACGUCGACGCGCUUUCACGGCGUACACGCAGCUCACGACGGUCGGUCCCGGUUGA